AGACACAAGGAGGAGGGCAAGAGGAAAGGGGUCAGGGAGGCUCGGGAGACUCAGAGGAGCGAGGGAGCAAGAGGAUGAAGGAGAGAAACAGAGAAGAGGAGAGAGACCAAAAUGUCACCACUGUCAACACUGUGACAAAUCCUUCACAAGAUCUGGAACUUUAAAGAUUCAUCAGAGAGUUCACACUGGAGAGAAGCCGUACAGUUGUGAUCUAUGUGGGGCAGCUUUCACAAUGAAGAGAUCCCUAAUAAUACAUCAACGCACUCAUACUGGAGAGAAGCCGUACAGCUGUGAUCAAUGUGGUAAAACCUUUUCUUCGACUGAUAACCUAGUAGUCCACCGACGUGUUCACACCGGAGAGAAACGGUACCGGUGUGAUCAAUGUGGAAAAACCUUUACUAAUAGUAGUGGCUUUAAAUGUCACCAACGUGUUCACACUGGAGAGAAGCCGUACAGCUGUGAUCAAUGUGGUGAAGCCUUUACUCAUAUUUAUGACUUUAAAAAACACCAGCUCGUUCACACUGGAGAGAAGCCGUACAGGUGUGAUCUAUGUGGUAAAACAUUUAUUGUGAGCAGUAGUCUUAAAUCUCACCACCGUGUUCACACUGGAGAGAAGCCGUUCUCGUGUGAACAAUGUGGGAAAAUGUUUUCUGGGAGAAGUAGCCUUAAAUGUCACCAACGUGUUCACACUGGAGAGAAGCCGUACAGCUGUGAUCAAUGUGGUGAAGCCUUUACUCAUAGUUAUGACUUUAAAAAACACCAGCUCGUUCACACUGGAGAGAAGCCGUACAGGUGUGAUCUAUGUGGUAAAACAUUUAUUUUGAGCAGUAGUCUUAAAUCUCACCAGCGUGUUCACACUGGAGAGAAGCCGUUCUCGUGUGAACAAUGUGGGAAAAUGUUUUCUCAGAGAAGUAGCCUUAAAUCUCACCAGCGUGUUCACACUGGAGAGAAGCCGUUCUCGUGUGAACAAUGUGGGAAAACGUUUUCUGUGAGUGGUCACCUUACAUAUCACCGACGUGUUCACACUGGAGAGAAGCCGUUCUCGUGUGAACACUGUGGGAAAAUGUUUUCUCUGCGUGGUAACCUUAACUAUCACCUGCGCAUUCACACUGGAGAGAAGCCAAAAUAGUCUUAACGAGUACGUUAUCCUUUAACAGAGAUGGCUAAAGUACUCAGUUCUUGUACUCAAGUAGAUGUACAGAUAAUUGUGUUAAAAAAUACUCUGGUAAAAGUAGAAGUACUGAUAUAACUUCUUUACUCAAGUAAAAGUAACAAAGUAGAGGCUUCUAAAAUUUACCUAAAGUAUAAAAGUAAAAGUAGCCUUAGAAUGACAAAGCUACCUGGACCAGACACGCUGAGAAACUACAGUGGACAUGGAAAAAAGGCUCUUUAUUCUUUAUAUGUCAUUACCUACAUUUUAAAUGGCUGCCAAUAGGUCUAAAACAUAUAUAAAACAUAUAGCUUAUUGGGACUCCAGGUUAAUAAGAUUCUGACCGAGUAGCAAGAUAUGAAUUCAAGUGUUGUGAGAAGUUUGUGUGUAUUCCCAUCCAGUUAGGUUCAAUUUGGUAUUGAUGACGCAAAAAUAAUAACUAACUCCAGUGAAAUUACUUUAAACUUAGUGUGGACUAGAUUAGGACUGGAUUUAUGGCUGAUUCUGGUUUCCAACUUCGGCCCAGGUGUGUCUGUUAAAAUACAGAUGGAGACAACUUCUCUCUGUUGAUUUAUUACAAUCAAUC